AUGUCGGUCCCGACUGAAUUUACCCUCAACACGGGGGCUAAGAUCCCCGCCGUUGGACUCGGUACUUGGCAGGCAGCGCCGGGCGAGGUGCGAGUCGCCGUGGCCGACGCUAUCAAGCACGGAUACCGUCACAUCGACGCAGCCCUUCAGAAUACAGGCAACGAGAACGAGGUUGGUCAGGGUAUCAGGGAUAGCGGCGUCCCUCGCGAGGAGAUCUUCCUCACCAGCAAGCUGUGGAACACGUACCAUGACAAUGUCAAGGAGGGUCUCCAGAAGUCUCUUGAUGCUCUCGGUGUCGACUACCUCGACCUCUAUCUUAUUCACUGGCCCGUUCGCCUGGUCCCGAAUGGGUCGAGCGAGUUCUUCCCCGUCAACCCCGACGGCACACGCGCGGUGGACAGGUCAUGGAACCUGGCCGACACGUGGCGCCAGAUGGAGGAGGUGUACAAUAGCGGCAAGGUCAAGGCCAUCGGCGUCUCCAACUGGUCGAUCCCGUACCUGGAGGAGCUGAGCAAGACGUGGACCGUCGUCCCGGCCGUCAACCAGGUCGAGCUGCACCCUUACCUGCCGCAGCACGAGCUGCGCCAGUACUGCGCCGACAAGGGCAUCCUCCUCGAAGCCUACUCGCCGCUGGGAUCCUCCGGCGCCCCCCUCAUGUCCGACUCGGAGAUCCAGAAGAUUGCUGACGCCAAGGGCGUCUCGCCCGCCACCAUCCUCAUCAGCUACCAUGUCAACAAGGGCACCGUGGUGCUGCCCAAGUCCGUUUCGGAGAAGCGCAUCGCCAGCAACAGGGAGGUCGUCAAGCUAUCUGGCGAUGAGCUGGCGGUCCUGGAUGGCCUGGCCGCUGCUGGGAAGGCGAAGCGCAUCAACACGCCGCCGUGGGGGUUCGACCUCGGCUUCGCUGACUGGUAUGGGCCCGUCAAGUCGAAUUGA